UUGGGGCUGAGUGGUGACCCCGAGUGAGUACCUGGGUCUCCAAGAGGGGAAGUGAUCUAGGUCGUGUCCCCAGCCUCUCCUAACCAUGCCUCUUCCCCCUACCACAGGGUGACCUGGCCAAGAAGAAGAUCUACCCCACCAUCUGGUGGCUGUUCCGGGACGGCCUUCUGCCCGAAAACACCUUCAUCGUGGGCUAUGCCCGCUCACGUCUCACGGUGGCCAAUAUCCGCCAGCAGAGCGAGCCCUUCUUCAAAGCCACCCCUGAGGAGAAGCCCAAGCUGGAGCAGUUCUUUGCCCGCAACUCCUACGUGGCUGGCCAGUACGACGACGCAGCCUCCUAUCAGCGUCUCAAUAGCCACAUGAACACCCUCAACCAGGGGUCAAAGGCCAACCGCCUCUUCUACCUGGCCUUGCCCCCCACUGUCUAUGAGGCUGUCACCAAGAACAUCCGAGAGAACUGCAUGAGCCAGACAGGCUGGAACCGCAUCAUUGUGGAGAAGCCCUUUGGGAAGGACCUGCAGAGCUCCGACCAGCUGUCCAACCACAUCUCCUCCCUGUUCAGCGAGGACCAGAUCUACCGCAUCGACCACUACCUGGGCAAGGAGAUGGUCCAGAACCUCAUGGUGCUGAGGUUUGCCAACAGGAUCUUCAGCCCCAUCUGGAACCGGGACAACGUUGCCUGCGUCAUCCUCACCUUCAAGGAGCCCUUCGGUACUGAGGGCCGUGGGGGCUACUUCGAUGAAUUUGGGAUCAUCCGGGAUGUAAUGCAGAACCACCUCCUGCAGAUGCUGUGUCUGGUGGCCAUGGAGAAGCCCGCCUCCACUGACUCGGAUGAUGUCCGAGAUGAGAAGGUCAAGGUGUUGAAAUGUAUCUCAGAGGCAAAGGCGAGCAACGUGGUCCUGGGCCAGUAUGUGGGGAACCCCGACGGAGAGGGCGAAGCCACCAAAGGCUACUUGGACGACCCCACAGUGCCCCGUGGGUCCACCACCGCCACCUUUGCAGCUGUGGUCCUCUAUGUGGAGAACAAGAGGUGGGACGGGGUGCCCUUUAUCCUGCGUUGCGGCAAAGCCCUAAAUGAGCGCAAGGCCGAGGUCCGCCUGCAGUUCCGAGACGUGGCUGGCGACAUCUUCCAACAGCAGUGCAAGCGCAACGAGCUCGUGAUCCGCGUGCAGCCCAACGAGGCUGUGUACACCAAGAUGAUGACCAAGAAGCCCGGCAUGUUCUUCAACCCCGAAGAGUCGGAGCUGGACCUGACCUAUGGCAACAGAUACAAGAAUGUGAAGCUCCCUGACGCGUACGAGCGCCUCAUCCUGGACGUCUUCUGUGGGAACCAGAUGCAUUUUGUGCGCAGUGACGAGCUCCGGGAGGCCUGGCGGAUCUUCACACCGCUGCUGCAUGAAAUCGAGGGCAAGAAGCUCCAGCCCAUCCCCUAUGUUUACGGCAGCCGAGGCCCGGCGGAGGCAGACGAGCUGAUGAAAAGAGUGGGCUUCCAGUACGAGGGCACCUACAAGUGGGUGAACCCCCAUAAGCUCUAAGCCCCGGGCGAGCCCACCCCGUCUGUCCGCCCUCCCCACCUUCCCAGCACCUGCCCCCACGUCGAGAAAACUUCGGGACCAUAGACCUCAGCCUCGCAUUCCUGGCCCCGGGCCCAGCAACAUUCCUCUACCACUGAGCACUUGACACUCGUGCUGUGACCGUCCCCAGCCACCACUGGCCCUGUCCGAGCCAGCUUCUGUCCACAGGGCUGAGCCCCAAUGGAAGGAAAGAGAAGAAUGGCCCUUCUGUCUGUCCCAGGGUCCUUGGCCUAGGACAGGAGUUAAGGGCGAGGGGGAGGACCAGGGGUGGGCUUCAGCGGGCCAGUGGCCAACGCACACACCCAGGGGCUGUGGUCAAGCCCCUCAGAACCUGGGGAAAGGGAGCAAACGUGUCCACACCAGCCUCAGCACUACUGUACAUUCCUGGUCACCCACUGAAGGGACUUCUGUGCCGCCAGCAAUCCCCUAUGUAUUGGGCCCUCUGAACGUCCCUCUGCCCCGCCCGCUGCCCCCACCAGCCCAACUCUGCACUCCAUGGCCCACCCAACCCACAGGUGCCCCCCUCGCUAUUAGAAAAGCAGAAGCAGCAGGUGGGACACCCCACCUCAGCUCCCUGCCAUUAAAUAUGUAAACAGA